AUGCCCGCGGAGCUAGAGUCGGCAACGACCGUCGACUCUGCUGGCAACACGGUGACGGCUGCCAGUGCGACGGCGAUGAGCGGUGGAAAGCUCGAGACGCUCUGCGUAGCAAUCGUGGACCCGAUCUCCACCGGUGCCUGCCUCGCCAAGCAUCUCAGCUCGCAGGGCUACAGGCUGUGCCGGGUCUUCUCCGACACGAUUCCCGACAGCGUCAAGGCGCUCGUCGCCGCCGGACUUGAGGUGGACUGGGAGGUUACCAUUCAGCACGAGGGCCGUGUGGCGAGCACACUGGCGGCCCUCAGGGGCGUGGGCGUCACGCACCUCUUGGUUGGCUCCGAGCCGGGCGUCUCGCUGCAUGCCGAGCUCUCGGCGGCCUUUGCUGGCGGCGCGGCGCUUUCGCUGCCUCGGGAGGCGCUCGAGCUGCGGCGCAACAAGUACCUGCAGAGCGAGGCGAUCCGGUCCGCGGGCUGCGACGCGGCGGUCGUCAAGCCGGUGGAGGGGGCCGGCUCGGACGGGGUGACAAUCUGCAACUCGGCGGCGGAGGUGCGGCUGGCGUUUGGCAAGCUCGAGGGGACCAAGAACAUCCUCGGCCUCGACAACUACGCCGUCCUCUGCCAAGAGUACCUCGAGGGCGACGAGUGGGUCGUCGACACGGUCAGCCGCGCCGGCGAGCACAAGGUGGUCGCGCUCUGGAAGUACGACAAGCGCGACUACCACGGCUCUCCCGUCGUCUACCACGGGAUGCGGCUGCACAACGUCGAGGCGGACGAGCCGCUGCUGCGCGGCAUGGUCGCAUACGUGACGGCGGUGCUAGACGCGCUCGGCAUCACCGACGGCGCGAUGCACUCCGAGAUCAUGGCGACGGCGCGCGGACCCGUCCUCGUCGAGCACGGCGCGUGGGUGACGAUCCGCUCGCCGGCCGACGGCACCAUUACGGCGGUGCACCACGAGAAGCUGGCGCGGAUCCGCGCGCUCCCCUCCUUCCUCGGGGAGUAUUGCGCGCCGUGCAUCAAGGUUGGCUGCCGCAUCCGUCAGACGGUCGACGCGACGACGGUGCACGCCGACGCCGCCACCCUCGAGGCAGACUACCGCGUGGCGCAGCAGCUGAUCGACGAGGGCCUCUUCGCCUUCACGCCGGCGGCGGCGGGCGAGAAGGACGUCGUCCGCGUCGAGACGCCGAAGGGGCCGCGCUUCUCGUACCAGCUGAGCGAGCAGGAGCAGGUCCAAAACUCGCUCUGGGGGCUGCUGCACAUCUGGAGGCCCCUCGAGGAGAACAGCGGCGCGGUGCCCCUCCGCAAGCUGCGCGCCGUCCGCCGCUCCGGCUGGCGCUUCUGAGGCGGCCGCGCCGAUUGCCCCAAGCUGGGCGUGCGCCCCUGAUUAGUGAUGGUUGUAGUUCUUGAUGGGCCAUACCCCAACCCAUACGCGCGGGGCCGGCGGCGUCGUGUUCACUCGCACACUGUCGCUCGAAGAAAAGAAAUGCAGUGUCCGGGCCCGUGUUGUCUGUUGUGAAUAGAAUUAGAAAAA